AUGGAGCCCGGGGGCGAGCGCGAUUUGGAUGCGCUGCUCGCAUCCCUGGAGCCAGUCCAGCGUGCUGGCGAAUACGUCUUCGUGACGGUGCCAGCUGGAGAUGAGCGCUACGAGAGGGUGGAGAGGGCCGACCUACUCAUGGAGUUCAAGGAGCUGGAGGGCGUGACGUUCAUCCUCAACAAGGAAACCUGCGACAAGAAAUAUCCAGAUCUCUUCAGCUACUCGUAUGUGAGCGCCUGGAUUACACUGACGGUGCACUCCUCGCUCGAGGCUGUUGGCCUCACUGCGGCCUUCGCCUCCGCCCUGGCGCGCGAGGGCAUCUCCGCGAACGUGGUGGCAGCAUUUUUCCACGACCACGUCUUCGUGGACAUCAAAGAUGCGGAGCCCUGGGGAGCCCCAAACCCUGAACCUUAA